AUGGACUCAUAAAAUCAAAGUAAUAUUUAGGCAUCCCCAGAUGAACUCAAUAGAUUUAGAGGUACACUCAAAUUUAUUUCCCAUUUAACAUUAAUAUCUAUAGUUGUCUUAAGAGUGAGACCAUUCUUAGAUGAAGAAUUAACUGGAGGGAAAAAAGGCAAGCAGUAGUGCAUACAAUUUUACAAUGAUAACUAAUCAUUAUCAAUGAUAAGACCAAAUCAAGAUGUUAGGAACUUUAAAUUCGACUGUGUGCUUGACUAAGAAUCAGACUAGAUUCUGGCUUAUGAUCAAAUAGCUUAUCCUGUAGUCCAAGAUGUUUUAAAUGGUUUCAAUGGAGUUGUAAUGGCCUAUGGUCAAACUGGCUCCGGGAAAACUCAUACUAUCUUUGGAAGUCGAGCCUCUUUAGAUCACUUGUAUACAAUGAAGGGUCAGGGAGAUCUACAUGAAGAGAGUGGUAUUGUUCCUAGAUGUGUGACACAUCUCUUCGACUACAUCAAGAUAAAUCCUAAUAAAGCACAGUUCAGAGUGACGAUGUCCUUCCUGGAAAUUUAUAAUGAAUAAAUUACUGAUCUGCUCCUGCAAACUAACAAUGGAUCAACUAGUCCUGGAGGAAAUAAUCAGGGAUCAAACAGUCACACCAGAAAUUCUUCAACUAGCCCUAUUAGAGGAGGUGGAUCAUCGACAUCUAUUGGAAAUUCAGCAAGCUAAGGUCAAAACUUAAAGAUCAGAGAAGAUCAAAACACAGGUAUCUAUGUGGAUGGAUUGACCUAAGUUAAUGUUAAAUCUAAGGAUCAACUUUAUUAACUCAUAAAAAUUGGCGCAAAACUGCUGCAAAUUUUCGUGGAGUAGAGAUGGAUUGAGACUGGCUAAGAAAGCGGGUUGCUGAAAGAUGAUAGGAAUGCUUCACCAUAAAAGACAUCAAGAUAACAAUUUAAAAAAAGGCAUCAUAAAAAAGCCCUUUUGACUAUAGUUGAUUUAGCUGGUUCUGAAAGGUUAUCGAAAACAGGGUCAGAAGGCUUGAGACUUCAAGAAGCUAAAAACAUCAAUAAAUCUAUAGCAGCACUGAGUAACUGCAUUUCUGCACUUGCCUCUGAGACAAAAAACACUUUUGUGCCAUUUAGGGACAGUAAGUUAACCCGUUUACUCACUCAUAGUCUUGGAGGAAACUGCAAAACUACUAUUUGUGCCUGCAUUAGUCCCUCACUCAUUCAUUAUGAUGAGUCUUUUUCUACUCUGUUAUUUGCAGCUAGAGCAAUGAGUGUGCGAACUUAUGUUACAAUGAAUGAAAAGAUUGAAUACAAACCUAUUGAUGAAUAUGGAAGAUCUCUCACGCCUGGCUCCUCAGCGAAAUUCCAAUAGACUCCUAAUGAAAAAGUUUUGAUGAAGUAGAAUUCUAAACUUCAAGAAGAGACUGAAGAGUUGAGGCAAGAAAUAUAAACACUGCGAGAGUAGAUAAAGAAGCAGCAGUCUAUGGUGUCCUCGUUCACAACGAUGCCUAAUAACGGUACUCCUGGUCCUUAUGCAAAUUAGUUCAAUAAUGGAUACACAAACAGCAACCAAAAUAAUAAUUACAAUUCAAAUAACACUCAUAAUACGAGUGUUGAUGGAAACUAAAACACUGCUGCUACCAAUUGGGGAUUCAAACCAAAUAAUCAGCAAAGCAGAAAUUCAGCAAUAUCUAAUUAAGCCUAACAACAGAUAGCUCGAUCUCAAAGUCCAAAUCCAAGUCACCAAUACAAUCCAAUUAUAUUGCACUAAAUGUCAGGUAAAAAUCAACAAAUUUUUGGCACAGUCUACAUGAAUGGUAGUCCUUAGAAAACAGUUCUCAUGUAAUAGCCGCUUAUUAACUAGAACGGCUUUAUGCUUAAUUAAAUUACUCCUUAAGAUAGUGAACACUUUACUCCAAUGGAUGGCACUGGAAAUGUUCCAGGCAUUGCUCCCUAAACCUAGUAAAAUGCGAGUGUGAACAACAGCUAUUCUCACAUGAACAACCUUAAGCAAUCGCAUUAAGUCUACUAAUAGUAGCAAAAGGAUGCCUAAUUGACUUAGAAGCUUGUAUGUAUCAUCGACACACUGCAGGAUGAGUUGACCUUUAAGACUCUACAAGUAAACUAACUAAUGGAAGAGAAUCUAAAGCUAAAGUAGAUGCAAGGGCUAGGAAUAUCCAAUGACGGGAAUAUCCAAGGAAGCAUAGAUAACCUUCUUUCGAAUCCUAGUUUCAGAGCUGCUCUGUUUGAAAGACUUUCCAAGUAAAAUUUCUGA